AUGUACAACCCUGCUUCUGAAUGGGAGACACCGCCCACGCGGCCAGAGCUGAUCGAGAACCUGGUAUCCGGCGUAGAUCGGUACAACCCUUCGAACGUCGGAAUCUUGGAAGACUAUCUGUACCACCAAAUACGCAGUCAAGAGUAUGACUGCCUCGCCAAUCUCGCCAUACUCAAACUGUAUCAGUUCAAUGCACAACUGUACAACCCAGAUGUGAUCGUCAAUAUCCUCGUGAAGGCACUCACGAAUGUACCAUACCCCGAUUUCAACCUUGCCGUCGCGCUACUCGAUGCCCGCGCCUCGUCCACACCCGACGAGCUGACAGAACUUCUCCCCCAUCUCAUCACCCUCCACAAUUACCUCCAACAAUGCCGCUUCCCCGCCUUCUGGGACCUCUAUCGCUCUGAGAAAUUGCAAUCUCUGCGUGAGAACUAUACGAUUGAGGUUGUCGGCUUCGAGGAUUCGAUCAGGCAGGUUGCCGUCAGGAUAGUGAAGGCGUCGUUCCAGCGUAUCGGUAGCAAGAGGCUAGCAUCAUACCUCGGCUUGAGCGACGAUGUUGCCGCAGCGGAGUCGUAUAUCGCUGAGCUUGGCUGGAAAGUCGACUCCGCCGCUGGCGUGAUCGAGGUACCUUCAAACCCUGAUAACACGGUCGCAUCGACGGUUGUGCAGGAGAACAUCAAACUCCCUCAGCUUUCGAAGAUCAUCUCGCACGCGAUGCAGGCUGUAUGA